GCGGCCGUUUAGCUCAGAUUUUCCUCCGCCGCUUCACUUCACUCUCACCACCAUUCACAAGAGACUGUCUGAUCCGCCGGCGGUAUAACGCAAACCAUGGCAGAGGAGGAACCUACGCAAGAGCAGCUGACAGCGUGUGUAGGAGAGGCUGACGACGACGAAUCCACCACCAAUCCCAACUACAAACCUCCUGCCCAGAAGAGCUUACAGGAGAUCCAGCAACUGGACCAAGAGGAUGAGAAGCCUGCGCAAGUACAAGGAGGCGCUGCUGGGCAAGAGGUCAAGGUUGUAUCAGAUCCCAACGCCCCCAACAUCCAGGUGACGAGAAUGACUCUGGUUUGCGAUCAGGCUGAGACUCCUCUGGUCCUCGACCUGACGGGUGACCUGAUGCAAUUCAAGCAGAACCCACUGGUUCUGAAGGAGGGAGUUGAAUACAAAAUAAAGAUCAGCUUUAAGGUCAACAAGGAAAUUGUGUCAGGCCUGAAGUACGUUCAGAACAUAUUCAGGAAAGGAAUAAAAAUUGACAAGUCGGAAUACAUGGUCGGCAGCUACGGGCCCAGACCAGACGAGGAAUACGACUUCUUCACCACCAUGGAGGAGGCACCCAAAGGGAUGCUGGCCCGCGGCGCCUACAACAUCAAGUCCAAGUUCACCGAUGACGACAAACAUGAUCAUCUCUCCUGGGAGUGGACCCUGAAUAUCAAGAAAGACUGGAAAGAUUGAUUCCUCCUCGACAUUUUUCAUCGUCAUCUUUCUUCUUUCCCGCUUUCUCCCUCGCUUCUCUUUUUUUUCCCUGUCAUUCCAUUAUUUCUGUCUGGAUCACGUGUUGAUUUCAGCUUUUGCUCUCUCCGUCCAUCGACAACUCGCUCUUACAGUUUCAUUUUUCUAAAGUCCAAUCACUUCAUCAUUCCUCACAUUGUGACGUUUCCAUUUGUUUGCACCGUUGCUGUUAAGUAUUAAAUCUUUAAACAUGGAGAAAGCAAACAAUGUGCACAAUCCAGAUUUUGCUGUUCAUUUAUAAAAGAAAAAAAAUCAAGUAAAAAAAAAAAAAAAAAGUAGUAUAUUCUCGGUUAUAAAAUUUAGCGCUUUCUUGUCUUCCCCCUUUUCAUUCUUAUCUGUUUUUUCAGAUUGUUUUGUACAAUUGCCGUGAUCUGCCUUGGAAAGCGUUGUGCAGGAAGCAGUAGUGCUGUAUGUAUGUGGCCACAAUCAUUGCUGGACACAACUCUUGGACGCAGUCCUCCUAAAGCCUUUGAGCAGAUUAUCUGUACCAGGGUCUAGGUAAAUUAUUUGGAAUUCAGGCCACGUCUUUUUUUUUUCCAAAUGAUUUAGCACCCUGCAAAGUCUACUGAGAGAACAGGGGAAACAGAAUUACCUCGAACCCCGUGUGGCUGCAGGUGUGGCUGUUCCUCUCCUGAUCAGGGUUUUCUGGCAGUGUUUUUAGCAGCCAUGUGGCCUUAACAAGUAAAAAAUAGACAACCUAAUUGAGCCAUUUGCCUUCAGAUUAUAUUUGCCAGACCAUCAUGUGAGCCUGUUUUUAACAAUACUUGUAAUACAUGGACAAGGAAUCGGGACUAAGGACUUUUAACACCUUUUAUUUUAUCAGGUUUGAUGAUUUGUAAAAGCCAGUACAUGUUGAUGUCGAUCAUAUUAGCUCUAUUUACAAACAUCAAUGUAGUUUCUAAAUAUCAGUUAAAUGAAUUUUUAGAUCAUUUACAGCUGUAAAUAAGAGUCCAGGUUGUGCUAAUGGCUUUUUGUCACCCCGUGUCCUCUCUAGUCCCUGAAGUCCCCGUACAACCAGAGUGUCCACGAACUGCUCACCUAGUAUUACUCAAAAUACCAAUGCUGACUGUGCCUCCAGUCUCUUACAACCACAUGCUGCUCCUGCUGACUCGGCGGCACUCUGUGCUCAACAUCAGUGAGGUGAAACGUUGUCUGUAAUUGACUUCCGAACCAGUAUAGAGACAUCAGUCCCCCAACCAGACGUCAAUGGGUAACACAUCCUGCCAUAUAAAAGCUUUUUUAUACACUCCAGAAGCAUGGGAAUGAAGUCUGUUGCGGCAGCUUCGUUCAGCUCUCGUGUCACGGACUGGGGUUUUGGUUGUCUGUUUUUCUGCAGGUUGGGUUUGAUUCAAUAUGUGCUACUUGUAUUACCUUCAGUUUACUGAUCUCCUGUGUUCACAUUAAAGUGUUCAGAUUGA